CCAGGCUUGCCUUGUCCCUUUUUUUGGCCACCUUAUCUUUUCAGUCACUAACCACAUCCCACCCGGCUGUUCAGCUAGAAGUUAAUGUUUGACGGAAGUGGUUGCCUGUCGGCCAGAGGGAAGUCUCGUCACUCAGAAGCUGGCGGGGCAAGGAACAGGGAGUGCCUGGAGAAAAUCCGAAGGGCUUAACCUUCCUUCCAUCAGGGAGAAUUGGAUGCACCCUGAAGCGUGUGAGGAGGAAAUAGGUACAGGACAGAAACAAUACUUAGAAGAAAGAAGCAUUUCCUUCGUGGUUCUUCUUCUUCUUCUUUUUAAAGCGAAUAAUGGUUUGUCUCAUCUCUUUCCUGGAUUGACUAAUCCACCAAUGCGACUGGUGUGAGGUGCUGAUUCAGAAAAAAAAGUUGUGUUGCCUGUUUGGGUGUAGGUGAGUCAUUGCUAUUACUUCACAGCUUCUACCUGUGUGAAAUAAGCUUCCUAGAAUGCAGUAGGCCUUGGCCUGUGAGUAAACUUGUAAGCUUUGUUAGGAAGGACGUUUGGAUCAGUGACAUGUUUUGACCCACCUUUUGUCUCUCUUUCCUCCAUUGUGUGUGUGUGUGUGUGUGUGUGUGUGUGUGAUUAGCUCUGCUCAUGGAGCCAGGAAACAGCCAGCAGGAUUGUUGGGAUAUAAUUGAUGAAACCCACAUUAAAGAAUUUGAAGUGGACCAAUGGAUCAAGAUCACCCUAGCCCUUAUCUACGUCGUCAUCUUUGUGGCAGGCAUUGUGGGCAACAGUGUCACCAUCCGGACAACCAAACUGCUGCAGAAGAAGGGCUACUUGCAGAAAGAGGUCACAGACCACAUGGUGAGCCUCGCAUGCUCGGACCUGCUGGUCCUCUUGCUGGGGAUGCCCGUGGAGUUCUUCAGUAUGAUCUGGACCCCUUUCUCCACCCCUCAAGGCAACCUCGCCUGCAAGCUCUACUGCUUCCUUUUUGAGGCCUGCAGCUAUGCUACGGUACUGCAUGUGGCCACUCUCAGCUUUGAAAGGUACAUUGCCAUCUGCCACCCUUUCAAGUUUAAAGCUGCUUCUGGGCCCUGCAAAGUGAGGAUCCUCAUUGCCUUUGUCUGGAUUACAUCUGUCCUUGUGGCCUUACCUCUUCUCUUUGCGAUGGGCACAGAGUACCCAUUGGAAGCCAUCCAGGGCCACCGAGGACUGGUUCCCUGCAGCAAACCCAAACCCCGGCACCACAUGCCUGACUUGAUGCUAAAUGUCACCAUAUGCACCAGCUUGUCGUCUCGAUGGAAGGCCUUCCAGGCUGGUAUCUUCACUGCUUUUAUUGUGUAUGUCGUGGUGUUGGUAUCUGUGGCUUUUAUGUGCCGGAAUAUGAUGAAAGCCCUUAUGAUCCACAAACAAGGGACCUUAGCCGUGAGAGGGAAGAGAGAAAGCCAAAACCAGUACCUAAGGAAAAACGAGAAUCCCGAUGGCAGGAGUUCCAGGAAACAGACUAUCCUCUUCCUAGGUAAGACCCUGUGUAUGUACAUGUGUGUGUGUGUGUGUUGGUAAUGACUCUGCAGCUACAAAAGGAAAGACAAAUGGCAGGGUGGAAUUGAUUCAGGAUGAAAUGAUGGGAAAAUGAGGUGGGUUUCAUCUCCCUUUUAGUGUUUCACCAUUCCCUAUUCAUUAUGGAAAUAAUUCUGCUCAGCACAAAGCAAAUGGCAUAAAUUGCAUGGAACCUGUGCGGUGGUGAUAUUAAAGUAAGCAUUAGUGCCUUCAGAAUGUGCAUUUGAGAGGAAUGGUUUUCAUUUCAGCUGCAUUUCCCUUUUCUUUAUGCACAGAACCAAGUAACUCAGCUUUUCAACAGGCUUCUCUACCCAUCCUGUCCCACUUUCCCAUCAUCACUUAAAGAAAGCACUUUUGAUUUAAAUAUUUCAAUUUUAAAGCUAAAUGCUUAUCUUGUGUAGUGUUAUAAUUUUUGUCUCGUUUGAAUUAAGCGGGGGAUCCUAAAAUUCAAUUUGCUUUUACUAGUCAUGCUGCUUGAUAACAUCUUAUCCCCCAUUUUUAGAUAAACGAAACUAGUUUUUUUUAUUUUUAUAGGCAAAGUGGGGGAGAUGUAUGGAAUGGGGUUCAAGGAAAGGAAGCUUUUUACAUGUUGAUCUUGCCGGAAAGAAUGAGGAGCCCUUUGCAAAUCACAACCUUAAGCUGCAAUCGUAAAUCCUUUACCUGGUGAAAGUCCCACUAGCAUCACUAAGAAUUAUUUCUGAACAAAUAGGUUCAGGACUGGAGUGCUGAUUAAAAGACUUUGUUUUUAAACUGUUCCAAAAAAACCCCAAAACAAACAAACAAGCAGAAACAAAUAAUGAGCCUUGCAAGCUCUAAAUGCUACUCAAAUAUGUUCAUUCAGAAAGCUUAAACCUGAGAUUUGGGUUGUUGCCAGGGCCACUUUCAUUUACUGUAGCCCUGCUCAUGUGCCUUUAACAGAAUCCCUGGUAACUGAAACUGUCCUGGCAAAGAUUAGAGUCUGGCUCAUGAUGAUGCCCAGCCCACCAGAUCCCACUCCACCCUCUGGGCUGGCAUGGAGGUGGCAGUUGUGGAGACACUGGUUUUCAGACGUGUGGACUCUCCAGACUACUUCCAAGAAUGAGCAGCCUUUCCUUGGGCACUAUGAUUCCUGCCUCUUUUGCCUCUUUACAAGACUGUUAGCCUGAGUCAGUCACAUGCCUGGCAGCAGCCAUUCAUAUUCUCAAGGAGGUUGUCACUAAAUGUGAAGACAGUGGCAUGCCAUAAGAAACCUUCAGAUGCUGAAGUUGCCAUUAAAGGUAUGAGAGCAGGGGCUCUUAAAAAGUUGGAAGCCUUUCUUUCAACUUAUUUGUUUUUGCUAGGCCUUGAUCACUUUAAGCCAGCCAGAUAGUUGCCUUUCUCGGAAUUUCCCCUCCCUGCACCUAGAGCUUAUUAAAAGACCAAUAACUUGGGAAUUAUGUUUGAUUCUGAUCUCUCUUGCCACAUUUUUCAGACUAAAUCUAAUCAAGUUGUCAUCUCACCAUCUUGAGAAUCUUUCCAGGCUGUGAUCCAUGUAGUCUCAGCAUCUUGUUGAGAGCUCUUAGAUGUGAUUUUCAUCAUGUUCUGCUUGAAUUGCUGCAAUUCCUCGUUUUCACUGGCCUGCUUUGUACGGUGCUAGCACUACAAUAAACGAAUCAGCUAACAUACCAAACCAGAGUGCACAACCAAACCAGAGGAGAUUUUAAAAUUGUUUUUCUAGAGGUCCACUACAUUUGGGGGGGGGGUAAAGGGUGUGAUAAAGGGGGCACAAAUUACAUAGAUUACAUAGAUUAAUAACUGUGUCCUCUGCUUUUUUUUAGCUCCUUGCUCUUUUGCUAUGAUCUGUGAAAAGCCCCUGCUCGUUUCUUGUCUAAGAAUGAAUUUUCCAACCAAAAAUCCCAGAUGCAGUAAAUGUCAGUGCUGGCUCUAUUUAAAAAAUAGAUUGUAUUGGAGAGGCCCUGAUAAGUUUUGAACUGUAGCAAGGGCUAGUAAUCUACCAUCAGUUUGGGAGAAGUGUGCAGUCAACAGAGGUAUGUUCAGACGAAAAAAGAAGCCAGGUGUGUGUGUGAGAGAGAAAAAUAUGGGAUGAGAGAGUGGCGAAUAUAUAAUCAAGUUUGCUUUAUUGUGGCCUUUUGUUUUAUUUAAUAAGUAUAUUUCUAGUCCAUAUUCAUGGUUGUGCAAAGACGAUAGGAUUUAUGAUGGAAAUAUGUGCUACACCAAACAGGCUGGUUCAGGUAUAGUGACUGAUGAAAAAUGCCAUACUACUUGUUGCCGUUUUCAUUAUUAAAGCUAAGAAGAAGAAUGCACUCCACAUAUAUUAUAUUAGUAAGCCUUGUGAGGAAGGUCAGUAUUGUUUUCUUCAUAGGUAAGAUCUGCAUUUGGAGAGAAACAACUAGGAAAUAAAGGCUUGCCUAAAGUCCAUCUAAGGGACGCAGGUGGCGCUCUGGGUUAAACCACAGAGCCUAGGGCUUGCUGAUCAGAGGUCGGCGGUUCGAAUCCCCGCAACGGGGUGAGCUCCCGUUGCUCGGUCCCAGCUCCUGCCAACCUAGCAGUUCGAAAGCACGUGCAAGUAGAUAAAUAGGUACAUCUCCGGCUGGAAGGUAAACAGCGUUUCCGUGCGCUGCUCUGCUUCCCCAGAAGCGGUUUAGUCAUGCUGGCCACAUGAUCUGGAAGCUGUACGGCGGCUCCCUCGGCCAGUAAAGCGAGAUGAGCGCCGCAACCCCAGAGUCGGUCACGACUGGACCUAAUAGUCAGGGGUCCCUUUACCUUUAAAGUGCAUCUGGUCAGUUCUUGGUGGCUGGCAUGAUAUGAACAACAGAAGACUUGAGUUUCUAAGCCAUAAUGCUAUACUCACACUGGCUUAGUUUUUCUUACUUGCAGCACCUUUACACAUGAUUCCAGUUUAGUACUACAAAGUUAAACCAGGCCUGGAAAGAAGGGCCAUGUCAAAAACCCAAGUGUGAUUUCAUUGUGGUUUUUGGUUCAACACUUAGCUCUUUUUAUGUGCUUUCUGGUUAUUGUUUUUCACCUUAACCUUUUCUAGUGUUUCCAUAUACUAUCAGGAUGCUGUGUACUUGGAUGAGUCAUAUGAUUUGCUUUCGCACCUGGGUUGGUUUGUCUGUUCUUUUGGUGAGCAACAUCACUGUGACUAGAUGUGCUACAGCCUUUGAACAUUAUUUCGUCACCUUCCCAGGUGACGGUACCACAAUGCACUUCAUGGGAAUUUAACAACUGGAAGUUAAUCUGUGGGUCGCUACAAUGGGCCAUAUUCUAGGAACUGUUACCUUCCUGUCUGUCAGGCCAUGCUCUUUUCCCUGCCUGCAUUUUCACAGACAUUCAGAAAUAUCCACAUACUUUAACAGGACAGAGCAUAGGGACUUCAGUUUUGUCUCUCUUAUCUUCCAUAGUAUAAAGCAGGGGUGGGGAGACAGCAAAUCCAGAUUGAUUGGAAAAUCUCUGGGUGAUUUGUCAUCGAUGGCAAAAGAUUUUUGACUCUCAAUUGUUUACCAAUAGCAGCAAUGAAAUAAUGCCCCUCUCCCACAGAUUAUAUACUUUUGAAGUAG